CCCGGCCCUAACCGGAGCCACCGCGAUCCCCGGGGGCGGGCUCUGUGACCCUGUUUGGUUCCUGGAGUCGGAGCAACAGAUUCGUUGCGUGCCGCGUCCAGAGCUAAUUCCGUCCGGAGUCAGGAUUUGUGGGAGAGGUUCUCCACAGAUCGAGAAAGGCGAUAGGAAAGGCCGCGUUAGUCUGCCGCCGGGGUUCCUGCGCAGUCCCAGUGCGGCCUUCUGCAGGAAAUGAAUCUGCUGCCGACGCCCGAGAGUCCAGUGACUCGGCAGGAGAAGAUGGCGACCGUGUGGGAUGAAGCUGAGCAAGAUGGCAUUGGGGAGGAGGUGCUCAAGAUGUCCACAGAAGAGAUCAUCCAGCGUACACGGCUGCUGGACAGCGAGAUCAAGAUCAUGAAAAGUGAAGUGUUGCGGGUCACUCAUGAACUCCAAGCCAUGAAAGACAAAAUCAAAGAGAACAGUGAGAAAAUCAAAGUGAACAAAACCCUGCCUUACCUUGUUUCCAACGUCAUCGAGCUGCUGGACGUUGAUCCCAAUGACCAGGAAGAGGACGGUGCCAAUAUCGACCUGGACUCCCAGAGGAAGGGCAAGUGUGCAGUGAUCAAAACUUCCACACGACAGACAUACUUCCUGCCUGUGAUUGGCUUGGUGGAUGCAGAAAAGCUGAAGCCAGGAGACCUGGUGGGUGUGAACAAAGACUCCUAUCUGAUCCUGGAGACCCUGCCUACAGAGUACGACUCACGGGUGAAGGCCAUGGAGGUGGAUGAGCGGCCCACAGAGCAAUACAGUGACAUCGGAGGCCUGGACAAGCAGAUCCAGGAGCUGGUGGAGGCCAUUGUCCUGCCUAUGAACCACAAAGAGAAGUUUGAAAACUUGGGUAUCCAACCCCCGAAAGGGGUGCUGAUGUAUGGACCACCUGGUACAGGAAAGACACUGCUGGCCCGAGCCUGUGCUGCUCAGACUAAGGCCACCUUCUUGAAGUUGGCCGGCCCCCAGCUGGUACAGAUGUUCAUUGGAGAUGGUGCCAAGCUGGUCCGUGAUGCCUUUGCCCUGGCCAAGGAGAAGGCGCCAUCAAUCAUCUUCAUUGAUGAGUUGGACGCCAUUGGCACCAAGCGCUUUGACAGUGAGAAGGCCGGGGACCGGGAGGUGCAGAGGACCAUGUUGGAGCUUCUGAACCAGCUGGAUGGCUUCCAGCCCAACACCCAAGUAAAGGUGAUUGCAGCCACUAACAGGGUGGACAUCCUGGAUCCUGCCCUGCUCCGCUCAGGCCGCCUGGACCGUAAGAUUGAGUUCCCAAUGCCCAAUGAAGAGGCCCGGGCCAGAAUCAUGCAGAUCCACUCCCGGAAGAUGAAUGUCAGUCCUGAUGUGAACUAUGAGGAGCUGGCCCGUUGCACUGAUGACUUCAAUGGGGCCCAGUGCAAGGCUGUGUGUGUGGAGGCGGGUAUGAUCGCACUGCGCAGGGGUGCCACGGAGCUCACCCAUGAGGACUAUAUGGAGGGCAUCCUGGAGGUGCAGGCCAAGAAGAAAGCCAACCUGCAGUACUACGCCUAGGGCCACCUCUGGGUCUAUUCCCUGCCCUGCUGGUUCAAGUUAGUAAUAAAAGGUGGUUUGUGUUUCCUG